AACUCAAAGGUGUUUUUGGGGAUGCCAUAGACUAUUUUUAGUUCCAACGAAUAAACUAUUUCCAUUUCUUUUUUUCUUUGCUCCAUUUCUAUCAAAUUUCAUUUCUUUCUCGUUAUCUUUUCUUCCCAAGUCAACCUAAACAAUCUAUAGAAAUGAACCCGAAUCAGGACGAGCAACCCGACCCAGAUCUUCCAUUACCCCAACUCUCAGCUCUCCGAAUCAACCCCUCAUCCCCUUCUCCUUCUUCUUCUUUGACACCCACCGCCGCCGCUCAACGCCGCAUCGCAAUCGCCGUUGAUCUCAGCGACGAAAGCGCCUACGCCGUCAAAUGGGCCGUCAGCAACUACCUCCGGCCAGGUGACGCCGUCAUCCUCCUCCACGUCAGACCCACCUCCAUACUCUACGGAGCUGACUGGGGCUCCAUCAAGCCCCACAUCGACAGCGACAAAAACACCCCGAUUGAUGAGCAAAAACUGGAGGAUGAUUUCGCCAAUUUCACCACUUCAAAAGCCAAGUCAUUGGCCCAGCCACUGGUGGAUGCAGACAUACCCUUUAAAAUUCAUAUAGUUAAAGAUCACGACAUGAAAGAACGGCUGUGUUUGGAGGUGGAGAGAUUGGGGCUAAGUGCAGUGAUAAUGGGGAGUAGAGGGUUUGGUGCAAGUAGAAGGAGUAGUAUUAAAGGGAGGUUAUUGGGCAGUGUUAGUGAUUAUUGUGUUCAGCAUUGUAUUUGUCCUGUUGUUGUUGUUAGAUGCCCUCAUGAUAAUGAUGAUAAUGGUGAGGAUGCUGAUGGAAUUAUUGGGGAGGAGGCUCAGCUUCACCCUGUGCCUGAAGAGGAGGAGGAGGAUGAUGAUGGUCAACAAUUUCAUGAUGCUUCUGAUGUUCAUUAAGGUUGAAGUGGUGAUUGGAAGAAGGAGCAUCAGAUGUAUAUAUGGUAAAGUUGGUACUUGCUGGUGUUGUCGUUGUGGAAGCUUUUUCAUAGCAUAACUGUGGUCAUGUUGUUAUUACUUGUAAAGGCAAGCUGCUGUACACUUUUAUUUAUUUGUCUGAUAUUAAAAAUAUGUAUUAGCUAUCUAUUUAAUUUUGUGGACAUUUGUUUAUUAAUUUAUUUAAAAUUUAAAAUGUAA